AUGGCCCUCGAGACGGUCGCUCUCGAGCACCUCCCUGCCUCUCAGGCUGUCCAUGUCGCCCUGUUCCGCGACGUCGAAAACGCCGCAGCGCUACACCAACAGCUCCUCGCCCGCAACGCAGACUUUGAGUACGCCUUUAUCGAUGCGUCCGUGUUACUCUCGUCCGUCUUCAAGAGCUCGCUUGCCGCCGCCAACGGGGCCCUGAAGACGCCCAACGUUCACUCUGAAAUUGUCGCCUGCCUGAGCGCAUCCAAUAAUAUUGCCGACGCAUACCGUCGCUUCGGUGUCUCGCCCACGACCAGAGACCUGCUCGUCGUCAAGGUCACCUUUCCCACAGAGUCCCGGCCCGAACCACCAUCCGCGGACCAAAUAUGGCAACACCUGAAAGACAAUGUCCAAGGGCACGCGGUCGACGUUACGGAUGAAAACAUUGGCGCCGCAACCGACCUGGCCAAGGUUCGCAAGUACUACAAGCUCAACGGGCUCGACUGGCUCGACGCCAUCAAGGACGACAAAGAGAGGCGGGCGGAGAUGGAGACGCUCGUGCUCGGGGGCAUGGCUCUUCGGGGCGUAUGA